AUGGAUAUCAUCGACUAACCUUAUAUAAAUCAACAUUCAGAAUAUAAUUUUAAAUGCCCUAAACAUUUAAACAAAAAUAUUGAGUGGAUCAAGCUAGUAGAAGGUAGCGAUCCAUAUGCUUUAAAAUGUACUAAAUGCUUAGAUAAGACUGAAUUUGAAAAUUGUAUCUAUAUUGAAGAUUUGCUUGAUAGCGACUAUGAAACUAUCUUUGAAGGAUGGCCUUUUUCAUAGGAGCCUGAAAUUUUAGAAAGAUUAAAAGAAAUAACUAGCAAAGCAUCAGAACCUAUUGAAAUUAAAGAAAAAAUUAGAAUUAUUUUUAAAAAUAUCAGAAUGAAAAUUGACUCCAAAUUAGAAGAAAAGCAAGAGGAAAUUUUCUAAUUCAUAGAUUAAUGUAAUAAAGCUUAAGAAGAAUACAAUCAAAUUUGCUAAAAGGAAAAACUAAUUGAUAUAGUGAAAAGUAUGAAUUAAGAUUUUGAAAAAAAAAAUUAGAUGCUAAAAGAAAUUAUCAAAGAAAACAACUUGAAUUAUGAAAUAAAUAAACAAAAUUUACUAAAUUAGAUUAACAAUUUCAAUAAAAUAAUAAACUUAGAUCUUGAUGUUUAUAGCAGAGUUGAAAAUAAAUUAUGCGAUGUAAUAGAGAAUGAGAAUUGGUAGCUAAAAAUAUUUGAUCAAUAAUAAGACAUCUUAAAUCAAAAUAAUAUGUCCAGUUUUAAUUAUCCUGACAAUCUCUCAAUUAAUCAAAAUGAUGUAGAUAUUAAUCUUAGUUAAAGCUUAAUAAAUACAGAUGAAGCUACAAGAAUUCGAAGAACCUUAGAAAAUAACCCAAAUAUCACUCGUUUUAGCCUUAAUUUAAGUAAGAGUUAGAUUAGUGCAGAUGGAUUUAAAGGUGUUUGCUGUUGCCUAGAAAAAUGCCAAAAUAUUAGAUAUUUGAAGCUUGAUCUUUAAGAAAUAUCAGUAAACUAAUUCAAUACGGAAAGCAAUGUAUUAUUAGGAGAGAACAUUUUUAACUAUAACCAAUAUUGUCAGUUUUGGUUAAGCAUAUCUAACAGUAUUGCAGAAAUAUUAUAAAAGCUUCCAAAUAUUACUGAACUGGAUCUUAAUUUAAGCUAAAACGAGAUUGGUCCAGAAGGGCUUAAAAAAAUUCUAAGUGCUUUAUAAAAAUGCCGAAACAUUACUUCAUUGAAUCUUAAUUUAUCAAAUUUAUUCCUUUAGUUACAGACAAGUUCUUUCACAUAACGUUUUAUGACCCUUGGUAGUAAUGAAGUAUAGGUCCUAGCUACUACUUUAGAUGCAUUUAAAAUUUUUUAAAGUUUAAAUCUUAACUUAUCUAAGAAUCAAAUUGAUGAUGAUGGAAUUAAUUGCAUAUCAAACUCUUUACUAAAGUGCAUUAGUAUAGAAAAUUUGGAUCUUGACAUGAGCUUUAAUAAUUGCAACUAAGAAAUUGCUAACGAUGUUAUGGAGUCUUUACUAUUUUGUUAAAAUAUAUUAAAUUCCAAAAUAAAUCUUUAGUAAAGUUUAGAUUUCAUUGGGUAAUUUAAAGUAUACUUAUUAUUUAAAUUUUAAUCAAAUUUAUUUCAUAGAUUUAAUUGA